UAUAUAUAUACAGGUCAUAAAAAAAUUCAAAAUGACUUGAGUAAUUUCUCGCCGCAAGGAGACGCUGAAGGACAAGAUGGCGGCAGUCUAACAAUCAGAUUAGAUGCGAGAAUUUAAAACAAAACAAAUUAAUGACUGGACUGUGUUGGUAAUCACACAAAAACCAUGGAGUCAUUUCUCGCGCUCUUCGACACCGAGGACACAAAACCCAAGUGGGACAAGUAUAAUAACAAUAACAAUGACAUAGACUGCUCUAGUAUGACAAAAGAUGAUGAAAUCGAGUGCCUGCCCCCGGAGCCAGAGCAAGGAAACAUCGAGUACAAACUAAAAUUAGUGAAUCCCUCAUGCCAGCGUUUCGAGCAUCUAGUCACGCAGAUGAAAUGGCGGCUCAAAGAAGGCCACGGCGAAGCGAUCUACCAAAUCGGUGUAGAAGACAACGGUAAAUUAACCGGCCUAUCACGAGAAGAAAUGAAAGCUUCUCUUAAAACCCUACGGGAAAUGGCGUCGCGACUUGGCGCCACCACGCGAGUACUCCGCGAACGUCAGGCGACAAAAUCCCCCAGCUCAAUAUCAAAAUCUCCCUCCCACCUGAGCCCUAACCCGAACCCGAACCCGAACCCGAACCCGAACAUGGAGCGACGCGUAGCGGAAGUUAUCGUAAAGAAACUCCGGAAGGGCGACCGAGAGGGCCAGGACGUGACUGAUCUCCGACUCGCGGUCUUGGGCUGCCAGGACGCGGGCAAAUCCACGCUGCUGGGAGUCCUGACCCAGGGGGAGCUGGACAAUGGACGUGGUCGCGCUCGUCUGAAUAUGCUGCGACAUCUGCACGAGAUAAGAACCGGAAGGACGUCGUCGAUCUCCCAUGAGAUCAUCGGGUUCGACAGCGACGGGCACGUGCUGAAUUACGCGGAGAUGACGACGGCGGAGGAAAUUUGCGAGCAUGCGUCGAAAGUUGUGACUUUUAUUGACCUCGCGGGUCACCGGAAGUACUUGAGGACAACGCUCUUGGGUCUUAUGGGUUACAGCCCCCACCAUGUGAUGCUGGUGGUGGCGCCACCUCUCAAUGAAGCUGCGCAGGAGCACAUGGCCCUUUGUUUGGCGCUGAGGCUCCCGUUUUUCAUCGUCGUCACUAAAAUUGACCUGGGAUUCUGCGAGAGGAAGACCCUGGAGCAGCUGGAGAGCGCGGUGAGGUCGCAGGGUUGUGACGACACUCUGGUGCUGAUGAAUGGAAUGGAGACGAGGACUUUGGACUAUGGGUCCCAAAUUCCGGUUUUUACUGUCAGCAGCGUGACGGGGGCGGGACUGGAAGACCUGACCCAGUUCAUUCGCGAGCUGCCCUCGGAGUCAUCGUCGCUAGAGAUGGAGACUGGGGAGUGUCUGUUUCAAAUUGAUGAGACCUUCAAGGUCGCGGGGCUCCCGGACCCGGUGCUUGGGGGUCUGCUGGUCAAGGGAACGAUCGCACCUGGGGCUAGACUGCUGGUCGGUCCGCUGCCGGACGGAGAGUUCUCUCAUGUUAAGGUGGUGAGUCUCCAUAGGAAUAAGGCGCCGUGCUGUCUAGUGAGGGCGUCACAGAGCGCGAGUUUGACACUUGAGGGAAUGGAUGAUCAACUGCCGCAUCUUAGACCUGGAAUGGUUUUGGUUUCACAUGCAGAUCAUCCUCAUGCGACGGUUUUUUUUCAGGCAACUGUUUUUGUAGUUUAUCAUGCGAAAGGAAUUUAUCCAGGAUUCCAAGCGACUGUACAUGUCGGCAAUGUAAGACAGACAUGUGUAAUUGAAGGAAUAAUGGACGUUAAAGAGGAUGGUCUACAAACUCACGACACUGCUUCCGUUCUCUUCCGAUUUGUCAGUCAUCCCGAAUACCUCCAUGUCGGUAUGAGACUUCUCUUCCGCGAGGGCAAGACCAAGGGGAUCGGAAAAAUAACUCAGGUAUUUCCGCUCAUCGGUUCACAGAAUCGACCUUGAAGAUAAACUGAUACUUUAUAAUUUAAAUAUAUAAAUUAAAAUAUUUGAAGCUCUAUUAUAUUAUAAUAUAAAUUGAUAUUACUAUUACUGGAUAAUUAUAAUUAAUAUUAAUAUUAAUAUUAAAAUUAAUAAAAAU